AUGCCCACCUACAUUCCAGGAAAAGCCAAAUUGUCCCGGUUAAUGGACUCCAUCCUAUUUUUGGGUCUACUGAACAAUUGUUGUCACCCAUUUAGCACGGUCGUGUUCUUCAUUUUCAAUUCGAAGCUACCCAUCUACUUUCACAACCUGUACCCGGAAGAGGUCGCUAAUUUGGGCGGUAUUUUCAAAUUUCUCGAGUGGCUCAUAUACUUGCUGGAUUUGUUCCUCUUUUCAUGGACCGGGUUCACAAUUUGGUUCCUUCUGCUCGUUCUGCUUUUUGGAUCCACGACAUACAUUUGUUAGCCUGUUUUCAACAAAUUUCAACAAAAAAAUCCAAUGUGCUGUUUUUUAGGAAAAAUAGAUGAGUUUAAAAAGUUAUUAAUCAGGCAGACAUUUUAAAUGUGGAACAGUAAAUUCGCAUAUGAAUGUAUGCAUACCUGUUCACGUUCAUUUAAUUACUACGAAAUAAAGAAUGAAUGAAUGAAUAAUUAACUGAGUGAAUGAAUAAUGAAUGAAUAAUCCAACAUUUCAAAAUGAAUGAGUGGGUUUUUUAUUCUUUCAUUUUUGCCCUAUGUUAAAUGCAUGGGACGAAUGAAUGAAUGAAUUAUUCAUUGAACGAAUAGAUAAUGAAUGAAUAAUUCAAAUUGAUACUCGAAGUGAAUGAAUUUUGGAUGAAGGAAAAAAAUUUGAAGAGGUAGGGAUGUACGUAUUUAUGAGGCUUUUCUUUUUAGUUCCAGUCUUCUUCCUCAUCGCGAAUGAGUUGAAGGCUUCUUCCCGAAUUAAGAAAACGGAACGAUUCGCAAUUCCCGAGUUGAGACGGGCUGCAAAAAAUAUUGUCAUUGAAUUCAACUCUAUCCGAAUUUUGAAUACGGGGAUGAUGCAAAAUCUAGGGCAUGCACUUGUCCUGUCCAACGGACUGUUCGGACAGUAUUGUCUAUUCAGCAAUUUCGUCGUGAUUAAACAAUGGAAUGAGAUGGAGCCAUAUGCAAAGACAUACCUCAUCUUGCUCUCCAUCGUUCUCCAGAUUUUAUGGGGAACCGUUCUCAAAGUGUCUGGAAGGAUUCACGCAAACGUAAAUCGUGUCCCCAAAUCGUGGAAAUAUCUCGAAUUUGACACACCCGAAGAGAAAAAAUAUUUGCAGAAGGUUGCGAAAUCCUGUCGCAAAAUUGGGAUUGGCGUCGAUGGGCUGUUCAUCAUCAAGAGGACGUCAUCCCUCAAAUUCUUUCGAGCCAUUGUUAAAGGAACGUUCAGAGCAUUGCUGACAAUUGGAAGGAAAUGAAUAGGAGAACGAAAAAAGUAGAAAAUUAUUCCCUUAAAUGUACAUAUGUAAUACAGUUACUUAGUAGUUAACGUAUUUACAUGUAUUUUUAUAUUUGUGGCUCACGAUGAAUAUGCUAUAUGAGUAAACUUUACUGUUUUUUAUGGCGAAAUAGCACUAUCAUAGAUCUUAAUUCUCACUCCACACUCGUUCGAUGUCUUUAAAUGCACAUUUUUAUAAAGUGGUAUCCGUUUGAGAUAUGUACAUGCAACCUUACAUGCAUGUUUUAAUGUAACGUAAUUUUUUGGCACGGCGAAAAUAAUCCACUUU